UUACAUUCACUCAAAUGUACACAAGUUUUGAAAAUUGCAUCAGAAAUUCAUUGAAAUAAUUGUCAUUAAAAUGUCUUUUCUAAUCAAAAGACAUGAAAAGUGUUUAUUUAUUGUCAGCAAAAACUUGUGCCGAUUUGAGUCAGUGUUCAGUAAGAAUCAUAGGAUCCGUAUAUCAGAGCAAUUCAAUCACUCAUAUCUGCCGUCACUCCUGAAGAAUAUUGAAAACGAAUGGAAACCUUUUGUCGACAACUACUGGAACCGAGUUGUGGCCAAUAGUUCUUCGGCGAAGACCAGUCGCUAUGUGUUGGCAAUGUUUCCCUAUUCCAGCGGUUCCUUACAUUUAGGUCACGUUAGGGUUUACACGACAUCAGACGUUAUCUUCCGGAUGAGUCAUCUCCGGGGAUAUCCAUCGAUACAUCCAAUGGGUUUCGAUUCGUUUGUGUUCAGUAAGAAUCAUAGGAUCCGUAUAUCAGAGCAAUUCAAUCACUCAUACCUGCCGUCACUCCUGAAGAAUAUUGAAAACGAAUGGAAACCUUUUGUCGACAACUACUGGAACCGAGUGGUGGCCAAUAGUUCUUCGGCGAAGACCAGUCGCUAUGUGUUGGCAAUGUUUCCCUAUUCCAGCGGUUCCUUACAUUUAGGUCUCUCUUCUAUACAAUCCAUGUAUUGA